CAAUGAAUUUUUGAAAAUAUUGUGUAAAUCAUAAAUUAUUUAUCAUCUUUCUUUGUUUUUUAUAAUUUUGCAGGGGCAGCGAUCAAACUAUCUCCACAAUAGAAGAUGGAGGGACGACCUGGAGUCGACAGCAGAAUGCAGUGUCAGUGCGACAUGCAUUCAAGAAUUAUGGACCGAAAUCAAAGCCUAAUCAAGUACUUAAUAAUUUAAAUAUGACUGUGGCCAAAGGAACAAUAUACGGGCUUUUGGGUGCAUCGGGCUGCGGUAAAACAACUUUACUGUCAUGCAUCGUAGGUAGAAAACGAUUAAAUUCAGGAGAGAUUUUUGUUUUGGGUGGAAAGCCAGGCACACGUGGAUCAGGUGUUCCCGGAAAACGCGUCGGUUACAUGCCUCAAGAAAUUGCCCUUUACGCCGAAUUCUCCAUUAAAGAAACGAUGAUGUAUUUCGGUUGGAUUUUUGGAAUGCAAACAUCAGAAAUCAUCGAACGCCUUCACUUCCUGCUCAACUUUCUCGAUUUGCCAUCGGAGAAUCGUCUUGUGAAGAAUCUCAGUGGAGGUCAACAGCGUCGUGUGUCAUUUGCCGUCGCCCUCAUGCACGAUCCAGAAUUAUUGAUUCUCGAUGAACCAACUGUUGGUGUUGAUCCACUUCUUAGACAAAGUAUUUGGAAUCAUUUAGUUCAUAUCACAAAAGCCGGACAAAAAACAGUCAUCAUCACAACACAUUACAUUGAAGAAGCUCGACAAGCACACACGAUUGGUCUGAUGAGAUCAGGUCGUCUCUUAGCUGAAGAAUCGCCACAAGUAUUGCUGUCAAUUUAUAGAUGUUCAAGUCUUGAAGAUGUUUUCUUGAAACUAUCACGGAAGCAAGGACAAUCACAACAACCAUCAGAGUUAAAUAUAAGCAACAAUAUUUCCCUCUCAGCCUUGGCAUUUGGAAGCAAAAAAGACAAUCCCGUCUACAUAAGCCAAGAAAGUGGCGUCAUAGGAUUAAAUUUUCAUCAAAGUAAAGAAGUUCUGAUUAGUGAUAGUAAUGGAUCGUCGUAUGGACUUAAUGGAAGUACGCCUGCCCUUCCUGCCGCCGGUCAAAAUCAAUCGGCUAUUGAAUGUGAUGAUUGUGGUGUAGAUUGCUGUAAUUUCACAACACGCGGUAAGAUUCGUGCACUUUUGCAAAAGAAUUUUCUGAGAAUGUGGCGUAACGUUGGUGUGAUGCUUUUCAUCUUUGCACUUCCUGUUAUGCAAGUCAUUCUCUUCUGCUUGGCUAUCGGACGUGACCCAACUGGACUUAAAAUCGCAAUUGUUAACAAGGAAAUGAAUGGUUCAGGAAACUGUUAUUAUGAGAAAGGCUGCUCGUUUACGAAUCUUUCAUGUCGGUACUUAAGUCAUUUGAAUUCAAGCAUUGUGCAAACAUAUUAUGAGGACGUGGAUUCUGCGAAGAUGGCGGUUGAACAAGGUGAUGCUUGGGGUGCAAUGUACUUUACUGAGAAUUUCACUGACGCUUUAGUCGCUCGAAAUGCACUUGGACGUGACGCUGACGAGGAAACAUUAGAACAAUCAGAAAUUCGUGUUUGGUUAGACAUGUCAAAUCAGCAAAUUGGAAUUCUACUUAAUCGAGAUCUUCAAUACACUUACCGAACAUUCGCGCAAGAUUUACUUGAACAAUGUGACAACAAUCCGAAACUUGGUGAUGUUCCAAUUCAAUUUAAAGAUCCGAUUUAUGGAACGAAUGAACCGUCUUUCACUGACUUUGUUGCUCCUGGUGUUAUUCUAACAAUUGUUUUCUUCUUGGCCGUUGCAUUGACAUCUUCAGCAUUGAUUAUUGAACGUACUGAAGGUCUUCUUGAUCGUUCAUGGGUUGCUGGUGUGACGCCAUUUGAAAUACUCUUUUCACAUGUUGUAACACAAUUUGUGGUCAUGUGUGGUCAAACAGCUCUCGUUCUUCUCUUCAUGAUUAUUGUGUUUGGCGUUACGAAUAAUGGCGACAUUUUCCUAGUCAUAAUAUUGACAAUUCUUCAAGGAUUAUGUGGCAUGUGCUUUGGUUUUGUCAUCUCAGCAAUUUGUGAGCUUGAACGAAAUGCCAUUCAAUUGGCACUCGGGUCUUUCUAUCCGACGCUUUUAUUAUCAGGCGUCAUUUGGCCAAUUGAGGGAAUGCCAUAUAUUUUAAGAAAUAUUGCUGUUGGAUUGCCAUUAACAUUAGCCACAUCAUCUCUUCGUUCAAUCUUAACACGUGGAUGGGGCUUUCUUGAGUUCGAAGUUUACAUGGGCUUCGUCGCAACAAUUUCAUGGAUUGUACUCUUCCUUGUCAUCACUAUGGUGGCACUUAAUUACUUCACAUUGUUUGCUCCAAAGUAUGUGACGCAAGAUAACGAUUACCAGAUUUCUAUAACAUCGCAGGGAUACGCUAAGCCACAAGAAUUCGAAAUUUCUGUCAUCGAUUCUAAUUUAACAACUUUACUUAAUAAAAGCAUAAUAAUUGACAAUGAUUCCACAAAAGAGAUAAGUCUUGACGUGAGAAGUCUUGAAAGUUUUGUGCUUAGUUUAACAACUUAUUAUCUGCAAGUCAAGACGAUUGAAAAUGGUAAAGAUGUUGUACUAAAGGAAAGGUUGACCUUACAUAAUACAAGAAGAUCUGGAACAAUAACAGCUUUUGUGCAAACUGACAAAUCAAUUUACAAACCGUCUGAUAAGAUUCAAUUUCGUGUUCUCAUCUUAAAUGCUGAUACGAAACCAUUAAUUUUCAAAAGAAAGGUCCAAGUUCAAAUUACUGACGGAGCAGAUAAUCGCGUAAAGCAGUUCGAUGAUGUAACAUUGAUUAAAGGAGUUUAUCAAAAUGAACUUCAACUUUCUGACAUGCCAGUAUUGGGUAAUUGGAAUAUUCGAGUGAUUGAUGGUAGACAUGAGUUGAAGGUAAAGAACUUUGAAGUAGCUGAAUAUACUUUGCCAAAGUUUGAAGUAACCAUUGAAUCAAAUCCACAUGUAAGUUUCAAAGAUGGAAAAAUCAGAGCAACUGUCAAAGCCAAAUUUACUUUCGGAAAAUUUGCAAAGGGAAAUGCAACAAUCAUUGCCACAGUUGAUCGAAAAAAAGCAUCGAAAACUGUUGAAGUAGAUGGAAAGAAAUCUGUUGAGUUUAAUAUGAAAAAUGAUUUAGGAAUUUCAGAUAAAAAGAAAGAAAAGUCGGUGACUGUCGAUGUAACAUUUAAAGAAGAGUUAAGUGGACGAGAACAGAAUGAAACAACAAUUGUUAAGAUUCAUCCAACACCACAUUACAUCGAACUUAAAACAAGCCAUGAUCAGUUCAAGAAUGGUCUUCCUUUCUCUGUAACUGCAUUUGUGAAAUAUCAUGACAAAGACGCUCCAGUUGAGGAUAAUUACAAUGCUGUUGUGUUCACAAUCAAACAUUUCUAUGAAGGCAUCGAAACAUGCUCACCUAUUGGGUUUCGAUCGAGAGAUCGUCCUUUUAUUCCUCGAUUACGACGAAGCCAACCUCAUUCAAGUUAUCAAUGUCGUAAAGAAAAAUCUUAUAACGUUGAAAAAGAAGUCAUGAUUUCAAAUGGAAUUGCUACACUCGAGAUUCCUUCUUUCCCUGCCAACACCACAAAGAUUACUGUCAAAGCAGAAUAUUUGGAGACUUCAAAAAUGACAUCGGAGAUUAAAAAAACUCCAUCUGAGUCCAAAAUAUUCCUACAAAUCAAACCUUUAAGCCAAAAAUUAAAAGUUUCUGAAAAAGUCAAAAUUGAUGUAAUUUCAACAAAUAAUCUGAGAAAAUUGACUUAUCAUGUUCUAAACUAUGAAAAGAUUUUCAUAUCAAAGACUGUUGAAGUUCCCAAUGAGAAAGAAAUUUCGAUUGAAUUAACACCAACCAUUGAAAUGGCACCAAACUCAUAUUUUUAUGUUUUUUACAUCACAUCUGAUGAAAAGUCAGAAGUAGCAGAAAUAUUAAAGCAGAAAGAGAAGAAAAUUGAGAAGGAAAAGUCUAAAUUUGUACAGGAUGGGUGGUGGAAGUCAUUAGCCUGGAAUGAAAUGUUAACUGGUUUAUUAAUCAUAACUAACGUUGAAGAUCCACACUAUUCUGUAGAAUUGCCACCAGAAAGACGUCGAUAUCCUAUUCAUCGCACAUCAUAUAACGGUCUUCGAUUUGGUGGAAAUGCUCAAUCAGCCUGGUCAUCACCAAGUUAUUCAUUCAGCUCGGUACCAUCGUUUGCUAGAACUGGCGGAAUUCCUGGACCAGUUAACAUACCUAAAAAUCGACCUGACUCCGUCAUAACUCAGCCAAUUCCACAAAGAGAAAUAAAAAUCCGAAACACUUUCCCUGAAACUUGGAUUUUUGACAGCAUCGAUUUUGAUACAAACACUCAAAAUGUAACAAUCUCCAAGAAAGUCCCCGACACAAUUACGUCAUGGAUAAUCACAGGAUUUUCAGUAGAUCCAAUGAAAGGUUUAGCAUUGACAGAACAACCAACAAUGCUCAAUGUUUUUCAAUCGUUCUUUGUUACAACCAACCUGCCUUAUUCAAUCAAACGUGGUGAAGUUGUUUCAAUUCCGAUUGUAGUCUUCAACUAUCUAGAAAGUGAUCAACAAGCUGAAGUCACAUUAUUCAACGAAGAAAGAGAAUUUGAAUUCACAGAAGUUAAAAAUGAUGAAAAUCAAUUGGAACGUCGUAAAAGAUCGAUUGAGAGUCAAAGGAAGAAGAACGUCGUGAUCAAAUCUCAAAGUGGAUCAUCAAUUUCAUUUAUGAUUCGUCCAUUGAAGGUUGGUCACAUCAAGAUUAAAGUAACAGCAAAUUCUGCUAUUGCUGGUGAUGGAAUCGAAAGACCAUUAAUAGUUGAACCAGAAGGUGUCACUCAUUAUAAAAAUAAAGCUCUCUUAAUAGAUCUCAGAAACAAUUCCGAGUUUAAGACAAACGAAGUCAUCGCAAUACCUUCAACUGCUGUUCCAGAUUCUACAAGAAUUGAAUUCUCGGUUAUUGGUGACAUUUUAGGACCUUCCAUUGAAAAUUUGGAUAAAUUGAUUAAACUUCCUUACGGAUGUGGUGAACAAAACAUGUUGAAUUUCGUUCCAAACAUCAUCGUUUUAGAUUAUUUAACAUCAAUCAACAAAGUUACAUCUGAAAUCGAAGCUAAGACCAAAAAGUACAUGGAGACGGGAUAUCAACGAGAGUUGAGGUACAAACAUAAUGAUGGAUCUUACAGUGCAUUUGGUAAAAGUGAUCGCAAAGGCAGUACUUGGUUAACAGCUUUCGUUGCUAAAUCAUUCUAUCAGGCUUCUAAAUACAUAACAAUUGAUGACGAUAUCAUCAAACAAGCUUUAGAUUUUCUUGUGAAUAUCCAAGCAACAAAUGGAAACUUUCCAGAAGUUGGACAUGUUUCACACAAAGACAUGCAAGGUGGAUCAUCGAAAGGCAUUGCAUUAACAGCUUACACAUUAAUCACCUUCCUUGAAAAUGAAAAACUAUCGAAAACCUAUCAAUCUACAAUUGACAAAGCUUUAAGUUACAUCAUUGAUAAUAUCGAAAGUCUCAACGACGAUUACUCGCUGGCUAUUUCUUCUUAUGCGCUUCUUCUUGCAAAACACGAUGUCGGAUAUUCUUUGCUUUCCAAACUUCAGGAAAAUGCAGUGAAAUCGAAAGGAUUGACACAUUGGGAGAAAUCGGUAAAGCCAAGAGAUGAUUCGUGGGAUUCACGACCAAAUUCAAUUGAUAUUGAAAUGAGUGCUUAUGGACUUCAAGCUUUACUUGAAGGGAGAAAGGAAUAUGAAGCUUUUGCUGUCAUGAAAUGGUUGAUAAAACAGCGAAAUGAGAAUGGAGGUUUCCAAUCAACCCAAGACACUGUAGUUGGCAUCCAAGCUUUGUCCAAGCUUUCUGCUAAGUUUUAUUCAUCUGACAUUGAAAUUGAAAACAUGGUGAAAUAUCAGAAUGGCGAAGCAUCUUUAAGUGUCAAUGGAGACAAUGCAUUCAUUCUUCAGAAACAUGAAUUGCCAUCUGAUGCAAGAAACUUUGAGAUAACUGCAAAAGGCAGAGGAGUGAAUCUUCUCCAAUUGUCUUACAAAUACAACAUGAACGUUGCUGGAACGGUUCCAAGUUUCUUAUUGGAAGCAGAAGUCGAAAAAAUCUCCAACAAAGAAUUUUUACAGCUCAAAGUCUGUACUAAUUAUGUACCCAAUGGAGCUUCUAAAAACUCCAAUAUGGCUAUUAUGGAAGUGACUUUACCAAGUGGUUUCACUUACGAUACUGAUUCAUCACCAGAACUUCUCUCAACAGAGAAUGUUAAGAAAGUUGAAACUAAAGAUGGGGAUACAAUCGUUGUUGUCUACUUCAACGAUCUGAGUGAGACUCAAAUUUGUCCACAGUUCAAGGCUUAUCGAACUCAUAGUGUAGCGAAACAAAAAGCAGCUCCAAUAAUUGUCUACGAUUAUUAUGAGAAUUCUCGUCGUGCUACAACCUUCUACAAUCCACCAGAGAUAUCUCUUUGUGAUAUUUGUAAUGGCGCUGAAGAAUGCAAAGAAGAUUGUGAACAAAUGGAGAUAAAUGUUGUAGCCACAUGAAAUAUUGUUUAAAGUUCAGAGAAGAAUCUCUUCAUAAACCGCCAAUUUUUUGUAUUCUUUCUGAAAUCUUUUCAGCACUAAAUUGAAAACUUCUGUGUAAAAGUUUUACUAAAUUUUGAUGAGCUGUUAAAUUUAAUUAAAACUAUUUGAGCAAUUGUAUCACCAAUUAAAUGUUUCGAGCAUAUUUAUUAUUGCUUUCUAUUAUUUCACCCUUCAGUAGAAAAUUCAUUUGAUUUUUCGUCAUUAAAAAGUUUGUUUCCUAUUUCUAAAUUGAAGUCAAAAUAACACAAAAAGUUGCGGAAUAAAGGAAUCGUCACGUUCAGUGUUAACUUAGCACAAAUGUUAAAUUAAAAGUUCCUAAUUCUUUCGGAAGAUGGCGUACGUUCGAUGACUUGUGUUAUUUAACUGAUUUUUGACAAGCAGAUGCGAGAUUGUUUUGCACAUCAGAGAUCAGAUAAUAUGACAUUGCAAUGCAUUGACUCAUUCAAAAUUAAGGCAUCGAAUUGAUUAUACUACCUAAUAUUUAAUGUAAUCUACUCUAUUUCAAAGUAUCUUAAAUAUUCUGAAAUUUAGAAAGCUUCUACAUUUUAAAAACACACAUUAUGGACCAUAUU